GGUACGAAUAUUCGGACGUCCAAGUCAACCGAUCACAGCUUUUCCACAGCGACCUAUCAACAGUGGAUUGGUACCAUGCCAGACUCCGGCAAGAUUAAAUAUAAACUUUGGUCCUACACACCGUCAACUGCGGGCGGAGCUAUCGCGUGCAUUGUCUUUUGCAUCCUUACAUUAUUGCAUUGUUUCCGCCUUUUCAAAAAUCGAACAUGGUUCUGCAUCCCGUUCGUUAUUGGCGGCAUCUUCGAGACAAUCGGCUACGCAGCUCGUGCAGCCGCCCACACAAACCUGGACAACAAAACCCCUUACAUCAUCCAAUCAGUCCUCAUCCUCAUCGCGCCCAUCCUCUUCGCCGCCUCCAUCUACAUGAUCCUCGGCCGCCUCAUCCAUCGCACCAACAGCGCAACCUACUCGCUCGUCCGCGCCACCUGGGUCACCAAGAUCUUCGUCACGGGCGACAUCCUCUGCUUCUUCGUGCAGUCCGGCGGCGCGGGCAUGCUUGUCCAAGCCAGUGACAACAAAGGCGUCAAGCGCGGGGAGAACGUCAUUCUCGGCGGCCUGGUCCUGCAGAUUCUCAUCUUUGGGUUUUUCGUCGCGGUCGCGGCAACGUGGCAUAGGCGGUUGAGUACUAAACCGACCUCGAGGAGCGCAGAUGUGCCGUGGACAAGAUAUAUUUGGUUGCUGUAUGCGGCGAGCGCGCUGAUCACCAUUCGUAAUUUGUGCCGUGUGAUAGAGUAUGCGCUUGGACGGGACGGUUAUCUUGUCACGCACGAGUGGCCGCUGUAUUUGUACGACUUCCUGAUGAUGGCGCUUACGCUUGUUGUCUGUGUCGCGUGGUACGAUCCGAACAUCACGCGUAUGAAGCAGGAUAUUGAGAUUGGUAUGAGCGGCUAGGAUGAGGGCUGUAGCAUAGACGGUAAUAGAGGU